AUGAUCGGCGUAGGAAAGGUGGUAUGCGUCACCGGAGCUUCCGGAUAUAUAGCGUCUUGGAUUGUUAAGCUUUUGCUUCAACGUGGCUACACCGUCAGGGCCACCGUUAGAGACCCAAAUGAUCAAAAGAAAACAGAACAUCUUCUUGCCCUUGAUGGCGCAAAAGAAAGACUCAAAUUGUUCAAAGCAGACCUUUUAGAAGAAGGUUCUUUCGAGCAGGCAAUCCAUGGAUGCAAUUAUGUCAUUCACACUGCUUCGCCGGUUUCACUCGAUGUUGAUGAUCCUCAGGCUGAGCUGAUCGAUCCAGCAGUCAAGGGUACUUUAAACGUCCUAAAGUCUUGUAAAAGGUCUUUGGUCAAUAGGGUCGUCUUAACAUCGUCCAUUGCUGCAAUAGUUGCUCAUGAGCCGUUCCCUAAUGGAAUGAACGACGUACUAGAUGAAACCACCUUCUCUGAUCCAAAGUUUUGUGAAGAGAAAAAGAUGAUGGGGAUAAUGAGCAUUCAGGCGGCGAUGGAUCUUAUAGUCGCCGGUUUCUCUCUGAUGAUCGGAUUUGGAUUCUUUGCUCUCAUCGCCUCCGUCCUCUGCUCCAUCACUUUCCUCCACCAUGCCAGAGCAGCUCCUUCGGAGCUCGCCGUUUUAGCUUCUCGCCGGAGAUAA